AUGCAAUUAACCCAAUCUUAUGGUUUAUUAGCUGCUGCAUCAGCUUUAUUUGCUACUAGUGCAUCUGCAACAAGGGCAUACGAAGAACUUGCUUUCGGCAAUGUUGGUUUUGCUGGUACCUAUUUCCCAGUAAAGAAACUUUCCGAUGUCACAAGUGAAAGUAAAUGUACUUGUGAGAGAGGUACCGCUACUUGGUUCUCUGGAACCAACGCCCCAUUGGCUGACCAUCUAUCUGUUCAUUUCCGUGGUCCUUUAAGUUUAUCUAAAUUUGCUUAUUAUACUUCUUCAUCCUUUGUUAUUGGUAACAGUGGUAAUUCUUCAGAUUGGACUCGUGAUGCUUACUAUGAUGCAUCUUCUCAAACAAGUGAAAAUGUAACCUUUUUAACCAAAGCAGGUACCAAUUCUCCAUGUCUAGGUAAUGCUUUAUCUUAUGCUUCAAGUAAUGGUACUGGUUACGCCUCUGAAUCUACAAUUUUAGGUUCUGAUAAUUAUAUUAGUUCUGAUGAUGAAUUUACUAUUUUCUCUAACACAGCUUGUCCAAGUUCUGGUUAUAGUAAAGGUUGUGGUGUUUACAGAGAUGAUAUUCCAGCUUAUUAUGGUUUCGGUGGUACUACAAAGAUGUUCUUAUUUGAAUUUGAAAUGCCAACUGAAAAAGAAUCCAACAGUUCUUCUAUCGAAUAUUAUGAUAUGCCUGCUAUUUGGUUAUUGAACGAUCAUAUUCCAAGAACUUCUCAAUACCCAACAAACACUAACUGUUCUUGUUGGUCCAGUGGAUGUGGUGAAUUUGAUAUAUUUGAAGUUAUGAAUGGUACUGAAAGAAACCAUUUAUAUUCUACUUUCCAUACUUUCCAAGGUAUUGAAGAUUUAGGUACUGGUAUUCAAUCCGAAGGUUACAUUACUAGAGAUACAAGUAGUACUAUGACUGGUGGUGUUAUCUUUGAUUCCAAUGGGAACACUGUUGUCUUUGUCUCUAACUCUACCAGUUUUGAUUCUACCGUAACUUACAACGAUGUUAACAACUGGUUAAAUAGUAUUUCUAACUCAGAAACAUUAUCUACUAAUUUGAUGACUAUUUCUGCUACUGCUCCAACAACAACUUCAAAAUCUAAUGCUGUUUCUUUCUCAAGAUUAUCUAACGAUAUUGUUUACUAUCUAUUCGCUUUAAUUGCCGGUAUCUUCCAAGUAAUUAUGUGA